AUGAGAUCUGGCUUCCUAGCAUCGAAAGAAUAUGAAGCCAGCGGACCGCAACUAGCAGCAACUAUGAGACAGCUAGCUGUAGUGAUGAUAAUUUUAAAUAUAAAUUACGGUCGCCUUCACUGCUCUUACACGAUGGACAUCGACGAACCGCACACGUACACCCCACCGAAGCACUACUUCCAAACGUCCUCCUUCGAUGAGAACGAUAUUAAUGACGACGGUGCCGCGAAAAGUCCGCUCGAUCGGGGACCGUACUUUGACAUCUCGGCCUCACGGAACGUUACCGCGCUCGUUGGCAACACGGCCUAUCUAAAUUGUCGCGUGCGCAACCUGGGCAAUAGGACGGUUUCCUGGAUUCGGCAUCGGGAUUUGCAUCUGCUGACGGUCGGCAAGGCAACGUAUACCUCCGAUCAGCGGUACCAGAGUGUUCAUAAUCCCCAGCUGGACGACUGGUCGCUUAAGGUGUUAUACCCCCAGCAGCGUGAUUCCGGUGUGUACGAGUGUCAGAUCUCCACGACCCCGCCCGUCGGCUACUCGAUGACAUUGUCUGUCGUCGAACCCGUCACGUCGAUAGUUGGAGGGCCGGACCUAUACAUUGACACUGGUUCGACCGUUAAUCUGACCUGCAUCGUACAGUAUCUGCCCGAGCCACCGUCGCUGAUCCAGUGGAAACACAACGAGGAGGAAAUUAAUUACGAUUCGGCACGGGGCGGUGUGUCGGUGAUAACGGAGAAGGGCGACAUAACGACCUCCUAUCUGCUGAUCCAGCGCGCUCGCAGCACCGACUCGGGCAAGUACACGUGCUUGCCAUCGAUGGCCAAUCCCACCACCGUGCACGUGCACGUGCUGAAUGGUGAACAUCCGGCGGCCAUACAGCACGGACGACAGAUUCGCAGCAAUUGCCUGCUGCUGACGAUGCUCUUCCUACUACUGAUGGCGUUAUCUCCCGGGCACCAAUAUGGAGAUCGAUAA